CUAAGCGCUGCGGUGAUCCGGUCUGACAUGACAAGUGCGGCUGGCUGGACUAGAACCCAGUUCAGAUUUCUUGGUCCGAAUUUCCCGAACUACUUCUUUGCAUGUCAUCAUAAUUGAGUCACAUAUCACGGGGAGUAUCACCUGUUACGACGGGACGGGUUAUGAACAGGAGGCCAGACGAAACCUAUCGGCUGUGCCCGGAGCAGUGCAGUCCUGUCUGUGACAGUGCAACGGGUGUUCGGGUGCAAACAAGCCCUCUGCAACCUGCCUCACAUUUGUGAGACCCAAACGGCCGUCAAAGUGGAAACGAGAAGAAGAGCAAAGAUGAAUGCUGUGCGUGGGGGCACAGUCACAUGGCGCCCCCAGCCAUGGCAGGAUGGGGACGGAGGAGGAGCGGAGCCUCUGUCAGACAGUGACUCAGAGGAGGAGGACUUCCCCGAUGACAGCACCACUCCUCUGGGAGACUACAUCACUCUUGGAUUGAAGCAGCUGUUGGAUGCUCAGCAGUUGUGUGAUGUGACCCUGGUUGUUGAGGGAAGAAAGUUCCUGUGUCAUAGGGUGCUCCUAGCAGCCGUAAGCCCGUACUUCAGGGCAAUGUUCACCAGUCCCCUGGUGGAGUCUCGCCUUACCGAGAUCCGGCUGGAGGAAGUGACACCAUCCGUCAUGGAGACCGUCAUCCAGUUUGUGUACACUGGGGAAGCCGGGCUGUCUCUGGAAACCGCUGAGGACCUAUUCGUGGCCGCCAAUCGCCUUCAGGUCAUGCCUCUGCAAGACCUGUGCUCCAGGUUUCUAUUUGAGCACCUGUCAGUGGACAACUGUCUGGGGAUGUAUUCUCUAGCUCGAUCUCACCACGACCAGCUGUUGCUCCGCGCUUCCCUCAGGCUGGUGGCCCAGCACUUCCCUCGUGUAUCCCGCCAUAAAGACUUCCUCCUCCUUGAUCACGGCACCCUCGGUAGCCUCCUGAGUUCGGACCGUUUGGGAGUAGACUCUGAGGCGGAGGUGUACGAUGCAGCCAGGCGCUGGGCUGAGCACCAACCGUUGGAUCGCUACGCCCACAUGCCAGCGCUGCUUCACCACCUGCGUCCGGGACUGUUGUCACUGGAGGAGAGUCGAAGACUGAGCCAGGAAUUGGGUCCCGCCGCAGCCGGCGAGGGUCUUGGAGGGCCCCUACGUCCGAGGGAAGGAAUGUUUGAGAAAAAAAUAGUUUGUGUGGACUUGACACCGAGGGAAGAUGCCAGAUUACUUGCAUACGACUACACUGUGGACUGCUUUGACCCGCGAACAGGGAAGUGGGAGAAGCUGGCAGCGUUGGGCUCAUUGGUGAGUCCCGGCUGCACAGCUGUGGGCGAAAGACUGUUUGUAGCAGGAGGAAUUCUGGGCUCGGGCUCUGUGUCUUCGGCUGUGCACGAAUAUGACGCUGUGUUGGACCGCUGGACAGAACGCCCUUCCAUGGGCCUACCUCGGUGUAUGUUGGGCCUGCUGGGCUGCGGCGAGUCGCUCUUCGCUUUGGGGGGAAGCAAUCGCUCAGCACUGUUGGACUCCAGCGAGACCCUGGAGCUGGCUACACUUAAGUGGGCACCGGGUCCUCGGUUACCCCUCCCCCUGCGUGCCUUCGCCUGUGCAGCUCUGCGAGGACGACUCUACCUUUUAGGCGGAACCACACUUGAACAAAACCGGGCUGUGGUCCAUUCAGGGGUGCUUAUUUAUCACACCUUGACAGACUGCUGGACUCGAGUGGCUCUGGACUCUGGCGCCACCUGCCUCGCUGGAGGUGUAGCAGUGCGAGGAGGAGUCUGUGCCAUUGGCGGAUACAUCAGGGAUACUACCAAGUUCUUGGAUGGAAACUACACCAAUCUGGAGACUUUAGACGCCACUGGCCGCGUGCUGUUUUUCAGGGAGGGCAGGGCAUUUGGUGUGGAUCGAGAGGUGACUGGAGGAGGCGUUACAGUGUCUGCAGAGCAGCGUGCCGGCGCAGGCGGGGCUAGCGACAGAGCCCCCAGCCCGGUGGUUUUCCCCGGCCUGCCUCGGAGGAUUGCGGCCGGGGGUGUGGCCAGGUGGAAACGGAGGAUUUAUGUUUUGGGUGGAGAAAACGGCUCCCGGUUCUAUGACAGUGUGUACUGUUGGAAGCCCGGCUGGCGAAGCUGGGUGCAGAGACGUGAGAAACUCCCUGGAGACACAGGAGGUGUCAGUCAGUUUGGGUGCACCACUCUUAAGUUUCCUAAGAAACACAUCCUGUCCAGACUGAGACGAGCCAAAGAAAACUGCAUUGCGCAUGAGUAGCUUGACAAGAACCAGUUGAACCUAGAGAUGAGCUCCAGGUUGACCAAGCUGGGUCACAAUUUCACAAAAGUCUCCUAGCAACCACAGCCUAUGUAGAAAAUUGGUGUAGCUAAGAGCUUCAAUGUGCCUGAAUGUACUUUGAUCAUCUGCUACACUGAAAGUUUAUCUAGUGUUGGCAUUCAGAAAGUUGCACGUUUUACACAGCUCUGUUGCAAGAAAUAUGUUGCUACUGUUAUCUGCUCAGAAUUUUUGUUCUAACAAGUUGUGCACCUGAAAGGCUCCACAACCAAAUGAUGUGAAUUCAAUACAGCAGAUACAUUUUUGUUUCAAAGCUUCCAGUUCAUAGUACAAGUCACUCCAGAGUGGCAAAAGCGGUGAUGUGAAAAGCAUGUUAAAUUUUUCUGUUAUAUUUCAUUAACAGCUAAUGGGCAAUUAGUUCCAAACCAAUUGGCUAAAGAAGAGCUCAACUAAUCAUAUUACCCGACUUGAUUACUGCCAGUUAAGCCUUCACAUCCUUAAAUAGAGCCCGCUGAUUAAUAUGAAGAAUAUUCUAAAUCUCAGCAAGCAACAUCUUUUAUUCUGUCAUUUGCUAUAUGUUAGCACCUGUUAUGCCAUCAGUUUAUGUAGCUGUUCUGGUUAUUAGGAAAUCGUUAUUGGAUGCCACACUUAAGGCAUUGUGUGUUUGCUUCAGGAAUUAAACUUCUGAAUGAAUGUAAAAAGGUUUUUUAACCUGCUCAAAUUAGCAUUGCACUUUAUAAAGUUGUUUUGUUUUUCUGAAGAUGCCGUCAGUCUAAUAAGGCUGCACAGUAUACUGUAUUUGUAGGCCUUCUACAAAAUGUGAAUUUUAGAUAAGCAGAAAUAUUUCCAUUGGGCCACUUAGUUAUUUGUUGAAUGGAUCACUUGGCUGGUUGUAACCUGUGAAAUAUUAGAAUGCUCCAGUUACCAGCGAUGAUUGAGUUUAAUAAAAAGAAUAAUAAAAAGAAAAGUUAUCUGAUUCCUGUUUAGCCAGAAGAUAACCAUUCAAAUAAAAAAAUGCAAUACUAUAGUGCCAGCCAAAAAAAAAUGUUUUUUGGGGGGGGGCGUUGGAGGCAGGGAUUGUGUUGCCGCCGCACACUGAAUUUGUGAAAUGAAACGUUCAGAUGUUUUUUUCUUCCUCUCUUUUUGUAUGCUGUUGCUUUGUGUGUGAAAACAAGGGAUUUCCCUGUUCUGAGGUGUAAAUCUGCUAAACACAAGCUCAUUGCACUGCACACGUGCACCAGCAAUCAGUGAAGUAGUUUUUCUACCAUUAAUAAAGGUUCAUAAACAGCAAUACAAAUAAAUGCUUUUAUUGCU